AUGGGUGGUGGUGGAAUUCACAGAGAAAAGAUGCCCGUUUCUGUUGGAAUAAUUACUGUAAUUUUAUUUAUUGCUGGGGGCGCUGUUCUUUUUUCAAUUUGGGAGGAUUGGAAUUUUUUCGAUGGAGCUUAUUAUUCUUUUAUAACCCUAAGCACAAUUGGAUUUGGAGAUAUAGUGCCUGGACAGUCAUUGGAUGAAGGCUCCCAAGAAAAAUUAAUUGUUUGUGCUCUUUAUUUACUUUUUGGUAUGGCAUUAAUUGCAAUGUGUUUUAAAUUAAUGCAAGAUGAUGUAGUUCAAAAAGCUAGAUGGUUGGGACAAAAAAUUGGAAUAAUUGGUUAA